CUAAGAACCAUCAACGUUCGAUCGUGCCAUCGUUUCACGAACGUUGUGUGACUACUGGCACCAUUCCUUGAGAUUAUGGAGUGUGUAUUGCAUUGGUCUAAUGCCUAUCUUUGCUUUACCCACAGGUUAAGCUUCUAUUAAUAGAUUCAAGGCUAUCAUGGCAAGCCAUCCCCUUCCAUCUUCAGAAAGCUUUCCCGAAAAAGAAGGGGAGAAGGAAAGUUCGCCCAUAGAAGAAUCGAUGGAGGAAAUGCUGAAUAAAACUGAAUGUCACUUCGCCUGGAGACCGGAUCAGCACGGACGCAUUCCCCCUGGAUCCAAUAAUAUCACCCGAAUGGAAGAGAAUAAAAACUCCCUUAAGCAAGAUAACGAUCCGUUUCUCCUGGCAAUAUCCGACCUCCUCUUGGCAUAUGAACACGGUCGACUUGAUGAUCCCAAAAAAUCACUCGAGAUCCUGCAAAGGAUCCAGUCCGAGAUUGCGAAGAUGCAUGGAGCAAAAUCUGAGGAAAGAGAGACACUCCAAUACCUCACAAGCUGUAACCUUGCCUAUGUGCAUCUUCUCAUGGGGAAGCCCGACGCUGCAAGAGAGAUCCUUGACCGAACCCAACGGUUUUCCGAGUCACAAGGAAAAAUCAAGGCUCAAAUUUUCUAUGCGAAAGCUGCUGCAUUCUCUGAGUUCUCGAAAGAAUUGUAUCCAGAUGCCCUCGAGUUUUACAGGGAAGGAUUGAUGAUGGAUCCAGAAAACUACAACCUUCAAUUGGGAAUGGGAAUCAUGCUGGGGAGAAUCCGUCGCAAUGAAUCUUCCGCCUGUAUAACCACGGAUGAAGAGAACGAAGAGAUCAAGGCCUUAAGGAAAGCAGUUCAGAUUAAGAGAUGCCACAGAAGUUUGGUAUUUCUUGCUGAGUCACUGAGGGAGCAUGCACGGGCGCUUGAAUCCGCGAAAGCCCCCAAAAGUGACGAAGACCUCAUCACCAAACUUAACGAGGAGGCCCUGGAAUUGUACAUUGAGGUCUCCGAAGAUCCAUCUGCAAAUGCCGAGAGCUUGGUGAGAUGUGGAGAGGGCUUCAUGAGACUUCCGGAGGAAAUGAGGGACGCGCAAAAGGCUAAAGAGUGUUACCUGAAGGCGUAUAAACUGUCCCCAAAGAAAAGUAUGGUGAACCAUAAGCUGGGAGUGUUCUACACGAAGGAAGACCCAACCCUGGCUAAGAAGCAUUUGGAAGCUGCCAUCGAUAUCUCUUAUGGCGAGGGAAACUUUGCAGCACACAUGACGUACGUGAACUUGAUGUUGGACACUGAAAAGACCUUUGAUCCAGCUGAUGAGUGGAAAAAAAUGCUCGAGAGAUAUCCAGAGCUCUUCUGCCAGAUCGAACUUCACAUACUGCAAAUGCAGUAUAUUUCCCAACAAAAGCCAAAAAUUGGAUUUAGUCAUGCUGAAAAUGCACUUGAAACCUUACUACAAAUGAAAAAACCUCGCAAGAUAUUUGGAUCCUCCUAUAAUUUGUCAAAGAAAGGCGUACGCGUGAAGACGAAGCACCCACCCAAGAAGUUUGCCCACGAACACUUGCUGGACGGCUUGAAGUCGCUGAAAAAAGGUCUCCCGCAGAAACAGGACCAGAUCGACACCAUGAUCGAAAAGGUGACGACGUGGGAGAACGCGCAUCUUGCGACGCCGGAAAUCGCCAGCCACGCCUAA